UGGUUUCAGUAUUGUAUUUUCGCUCGUUCAGUGCAGUAGUCGUCGGGUGUGUUAUUGCUCCAAUCUGUUUGUGACCAGUUCCGGACUGUGAAAAAGCAGCAGCAGCCAUUUUCCAAAGGAGUGUGCGUGUUUACCAGCGUAGAGGAGUGGAUUUUUGUCCCAGCGAUAAACGUUUUCAGUACAACGUUGACGUAGCCGUAAAGAGGAAUAUAAUCUAGAUAGCAAAAUGGCUGGAGGAAAGGCUGGUAAAGAUUCUGGAAAAGCAAAAGCCAAGGCAGUUUCCCGCUCGGCGCGCGCUGGACUGCAGUUCCCCGUUGGCAGAAUUCAUCGGCAUCUGAAGAAUCGCACGACGAGCCAUGGACGCGUCGGUGCCACAGCGGCCGUCUACUCCGCCGCCAUCCUAGAAUAUCUCACAGCUGAGGUACUGGAGUUGGCAGGCAACGCCUCCAAGGAUCUGAAGGUGAAACGUAUCACGCCCCGUCACUUGCAGCUUGCCAUCCGCGGAGACGAAGAACUGGACAGUCUGAUCAAGGCGACGAUCGCCGGCGGUGGUGUGAUCCCGCACAUCCACAAAUCGCUGAUUGGCAAAAAGGGCGGCCCCGAAUAACCACCUUCCUACGAUUAAUCAAGAUUACUGAGUAAAUAAUACAAAACCAACAAAGCGGAAACGCGCCCCGAACGCAGAGUCGUCGGUCCUGACCACACAAAACAAUAUCUUAAUCCACAUCAAAACCAGGACAGUUGAGUAUAGGCUAAUUGAGCAAGCAAAACCAGCCAGCCGCGCAGAUAACACACACACAUAUAUUCUGUAAUAGUUUUUAAACAAGUAUCGCGUCGACUAAGAGAGAAUCUAAAUAUUAGUAGAAAUAAUAACGUUGAAAUGGCACACAUUUAACAAUUAAACAGAACAUUUCUCGUUUGUUGUUAAUGUUUAGUAUCGAUAUUUCCGACUACAAUUGUUUCUUCCUGAUUCGACGACGAUCUUACUUGCAUCCUUCAUGCAAACUUGUAGCUGACGAUCUCUUGUUUUAUAUUGGUAUCCAUUUUAUUCUUCGCCUUUCUACUAUUUCUGUGUAACACCACCGGGGACGCGCUUGUGCGCUCAAACAGUAAGCAGUUUAAAUAUCGUCGUCGUGUUUAACUAAUUUUUAACGCAAAUUGAGAGAGAAAACUAAAAUGAGAGUAAAAUCUAAAAGAACCCUAGAGAGUACAUAAGUUAAGUGCGUUUUUCUUAUUAUAUUUUCGAUGAAAAGUAAUAAAAUUUUACUAUUAAGAAAACAGUA